AUGUCUAAUCCUACAGGCGGCGACAAAGGUAAGAAAAUGGCUAUUGAAGGUGGUCAAGGAGUGCAGGCGAAGAAGGAACAAAGCCGUUACCCAGAAGAAUUCGAGCGGAGACAUAGUCAGACCGAGAUACAGUUCGACUAUUCUUCUACUACCUUGUCCUCUACUUCAGUCACACCAUCGCGUGGCAUCCAACAAUCACCGGAAUCACCGCUCCAGGGUCGAGACUCGAGGAUCUCGAUGGAUGGCAUAUUCGUACCGCGCCUCCUGCGAUGUAACUCCCAGAAGGGCACUCGCUACUCACAAAAGCCCAUCCCUCUUACAUACGAUGAGGCGUUGCUCUUCCACCACUUUAUCGCGCAUCUCGGUCGCUGGUUUGACUGUACCGACGCCUCGCGCAAUUUCAUGCUAAGAGUGCCAGAAAAGGCUAGGCAAUGCCCUAUUCUUUGUCACGCAGUUCUUUGCUUUGCGGGGCGCCAUCGCAGGGAAGAUAAGACUUCUGAGGCGGCAUAUCAGCGCUGCAUCACUCUGCUUAUCGAUCGCCUCAAUGAGGACUCUGCAAGCUGUGACGAUAUGUUGCUUUCAGCCGUAUUGAUAUUGCAUUUCGCUGACCAGCUCAAUGUCCCAUCCCGUAUGGGUUCGUGCGACAGACAUCAUUUGGCAGGUACUUCGAGCAUUCUCCGUGCUUCACAAGACACUCGUUUCGUCGAUCCCUCAGUGCCUACAUUCCGUGAGGCUGCCUUCUGGGUUUACGUCCGGCAAUGUCUCUACAACGCUACCAUUAGCCAGCAACCGCUGGAUAUUGACUUCUCACUUCAGUUGUAUCCUACUCCAGAUUCUAUGCAAGACUUGCACCCUUUGGCCUGGUUGAGAUUGGAGACAGCCUGGAGCAAUCAGCUGCUAUGGAACACUGCUUUCGUGGCUAACUUUUGCUUCCGAGGUACUGGAACACAGAGCGAAUUAUCAGAGCUCGACUCGGCAGACGUCCAUGACCCUGCAGGCCUCCAGUAUACCAACGACGACAGUUUAGAGGUCCUACAGGAUGUUCCACCCGUAUCUCAAACCCCGUUCAACUACUCUUGGGUCCGCUGGGAGGAUCCAGGCCUUGCCGGAAUGGCCCAACCAUCCCGUCAGUUCAAGACGCGCGCGCAUGGUGGUGGAAAUACGGCGUACCGUUGGAGAAAAUCGUGA